AUGGAGCUCUACUUGGUCCGCCAUGCCCAAUCUGCUUUUAAUAGGUGGCAUCAUAUGAAAUGGUUGAAGCCUUGGGAAUGGUUUGUCAAAGAUCCAUUUAUAUGGGAUGCAAAACUGACAGAAAAAGGAAUUCAGCAAACCAUUAAAGCAAGACAAGAAUAUGCAGAUAUUAUAAAGAGAACUGAAUUGAUUAUUUGCUCCCCAUUAUCAAGGACCAUUAUGACCAUGCAAGGAGUUUUCGCAGAGGCUAAAUGUCCUGUGAUUUUAACUCCGCUUAUUGCUGAAAAAGUUCAUCACUCUUGUGAUAUAGGACUUCCUUUGAAGGAGUUGAAGGAAAAAUACACAAAUUACCAGUUUUGCCAUUUCGAAGAAGAGCUAUGGUGAUAUCAUAAAGGAGAAGAUCCGAAAGGUAUUAUAAUUGAGCCUUGGGAGAAUGUAAAGCAUAGGGCUGAUAAGAUUAAAUUAAACGAUUAAACUAGCCAUAAAGUGGUCAAGCCCACUAGCAUUUGCAUCGUCUCAGCUCAAAAAUAGCCUUCUCCAACGUCACGAUAGACGAAAUGUGGAAAUCAGAGGCUGCCAUUUUGGAUUUUCGGUCUGAACCACCUUUCAAGGGAUCAGCUCCCUAAGGCAGAGCGCCUUCGAGUACUUUGAUGAUCCCGACAAGAGAAUACCAUGUGGUAGGCAAAACCUAUCUAGCCCAUUUGGCAGGGACAGGAAAACCUUCGGGGGAGUAACAAAAUUUCCCUCUUCAGCAUCCCAAAGCCUGAAGGCCUACUUCAAAAAGGGACAGAGGCCCUGCUUUUAGCUUAUUUAGGAUGGGUCCUUCUGCUCCAUAGAGGGUGCACCUCGGAGUCCAACUUCCGUUGAAGUCAUCAUUUUAUUUUAUUUUAUUUCAUUGAUAAGAUUAAGGAAUUUUUAAAAACUAGAGAUGAAAAAGUUAUUGCUAUGGUGAGCCAUGGAAAUUUCAUUAGGUCAUUUAUGGACGAAGUAAUUAUGUUUACCUCUUCCUUAGUUGGCUAGCAGAAACAUUAGAAAAAUCUCGAUUUUUGAAAAACUUUUUUGUUUGUAAUAAAAUAUCAUUCUAAUAUCAAAAUUUUAUACAAAAUAAUUGGCAUAUAAGUAAUGAUAAUUUUGAUGAAAUCUUCAAUCAUUUAUUAAAAUUUAAGAUAGUUUACAUUCUAAACAUAGGCCUUAUGAAUUAAAUUAGAUUAACUUCAAAUCCAAAAAAUUUAUUUAAAACUCUUCUUUCGAGAACUAAAAAUCUUGAUCACAGAUCAAUAGGGGUGUUAGAAACUGUCAAAUUAAAAAAGUUGAAGGCUUUGGCAAGGCUCAAUAG